UCAAACAAACGAAUAUGGAUUCUUCUGUGGCUGAAGAAUCUGAAAAUUUUGUAGCUUUUAGUAAAAAUGAAUACAGCAAAACAAAUUGUAAUACUCCAACGAAUAUCUCAACUAGUAAUAAUAAUAUAGUGCAUAAGUUAUUUAAUAGAGAGAUAUUUGGUAGCACCUCAAAAAAUCCAAAUGAGAAGUCAAAAAGAGUAUUUGACAAAAUUCCUCCUCGGUUACGGUUUUGUCUCAUGGACAUAGUGCCCAUCCAGUACUUAAGGGAACAUGUAUUUAUGGGGUUUUCACAGUGUGGACAGUUUCUGCUUAGUUUUACUUAUAGUUGUAACACCCAAGUAUAUUUUCGGGAAAGUUCAAAGUUUACGCUACAUUUUCUAUCGUGGGUGCCGGGUCGCAUCGUUCGGCCAGUGCACAGUAUUCCUCUAUUCGGUGAUGACUGUGUUGACAGCAAAGUGACAAUAUCAAUGGCACAAUGGAAACACAAUCCUGGAGUUCUUGUGGUGUAUGGUAUUGCAGAUUCCUGCUCUGAACGAUCCUACCUCAGUGUUGUUGGAGUACCUCGAUUAGGAUGUAGGCAAUGUUCAGCUAUUUCUAGAGAUGAAGAUGAUCUGAAUUGGAGUAAACGCUGCUUGGAACAUAGCUUCGCGAUACACACAAGAUUCUUUUGUACGUCCGAUUCUAGUAUGUACGAACCUGUCGUUCAACUAGCUUACUCGAACCAAAUUAUAAUUUAUACAGAUUUCAUUCACAUAUUAGAAAUAGACAUCGUUAAACCAGAUCAGGAAAAAAUUGAUGUGCCCGAGGAAACAAAAUUCUCAUUAGAUAGGGACGAAUUAAAUUCAAUAUACACGAAUCCAAGUACGCCCGCGUCGGACGUAUCUGCAGCCUUCCAGUCGCCCAAGUAUCAGAACAAUGUUGUCCAGAACAUUUUAGCUGACUUUUCAGAUUUUGAUGUCGAACCUUAUCAAAUGUCCAGACCAGUCCAACUGCCAGAUGUUAUGGGUCAGGAGCUAUGUAUUCAAGCAUCAUCUAUAUCUCACAAUUUAAUGGAGGAGUGGGAAGGACCUUCUCCGUCAAUUAGAACAUUAAUCAGUCCACCGUUAAGGUCACCGAGGCGCAGACCGGCGGAGAGCAUGUCUAGGUUUAAUGAAACGCAUAGAAUAAUAGCUGAAAAAACAUACGAAUUUGUAGAAGAAGCGGAGACCAAAUGUGAGAAGCUGAGUAUGUUUAGGAAGCGACGCUUAGCCGAUAAGAAGUAUGAAUUUUCUGAAGAUAAUAAUGAAAACAUCGUUCCUUUUAGAGUGUUAAGAAGUAAUAGGAAGUAUUACACAGGGUCCACCAGUAAAAGUCAAUCAAAGCGGGCGAAGUCACCGUCCGUGGAGAGCGUAGUUCUUAGAGCUCAUAAUCAGAUCAGUAGACCUCCUUCGCCGACAUCUAGCUUAGACCUAAAGAAUCCAGGACUGACAUCGCUCGAAUCAGAUAGAAAUAGCGAAUCCGAGUACAGAGUUAUGGAGAUGUUGGAUGAUGGAUCUCUUAAAACUGUGUCGGUGCACGACAACACUUCGAAAACAUUAUCAGACUGUCCGGUCAGCCCUCAAGACCCGUAUUUAGUGCACUCGGGAAACUCCAAAUGUAGCAAAUUCUUCACGCGGUAUUUUUUAGAAAGCGACGACGAGAUAACCUCGGUCAUCACCGAUUCGGAAGACGACUGCAUGUCGGGCUACCACGUGGCGCUGCCGCUGAGCGGCGCGGGCGCGGGGCAGGCGCUGCAGGGGCUGUGCGCGGGCGCGUGGGAGCGCCUGCGCGCGCCGCCCGCGCCCGCGCUGCGCGCCACGCAGCGCUCGCUCGACACCGAGCUGCUGUGCAACGAGGUCUGCGGCCGCCUGUGCCGCCUGGGCGGGAAGCACUUCAUCUACUGCUUCGACUGGGGCUGCCACGUCAUCGACGUGUGCCAGUCCAGCGGCUGCCUGUCCGGGCUGUGCGCGAUGUGGCUGUGGGCGAGCGAGGACACGGCGCAGCUGCAGUGCGAGGCGUGCAAGGACGCGUCGGCCGGCUGUCUGCAGCACCGCCAGCAGUACGCGGCGCAGUGCCUUUUCGUGUGGGAUCUCGUAACCGGAGUUUACAGAACGGAAAGGGUGGCUAUGACGGAGGACUCCAGUCAAGAAGGGAACAGAGUGUCGGGCGCCGAGCGCGCGCGCGAGUUGGCGCGCCGUCUGGGCGCCGAGAGCGCGCCCGCCGCCGACAACCGCCUGCUCACCACGCUCACCGGUAAAUCGUUAAAAAGACUGACGGACGUGGACAACUGUGUAGAGAUCACAAAGAACCAUCCUGACAGCUCCGAAUCGGAAUCUGAGUCGUCGGAGGAAGACAGCGAUUUUGACUGAUUUUAUACCACCUCAUGUACUAUUAUACUAAUCGAAACCGUGUAUAUAUCUAGUAGUCGUCUUUAUUGUAUUCAAGAUAAUGGUUCCGUAGCCAUUUCUAUAUAUUUCAAACUCAUGAAGAACUUACGGUGUUUAACAAAAAAAAAAUUCAAAUCUAAAUUAUUUUACUAUAAACUCGAUAUUACAUUGUAAGUCGUGAUGAUCUUCCAUCUUAAACUCGGUGCGCUGAGAGAGUCAUGACAUGAUUAAACAAAAAUGAACAGCUGACAAAACAUUUAUUUUGUACUACUUUUAGCCCGCGUGUUGCCAGAUGUUCAACUCAUGUUGACACAACAGAUGUGUGAUGUGUGUUGAUGUGUUUCAUAUUAAAUUUAACCAAAAUCGGUUCAGCGGCUUAGCUGUGAAAGCAUUUAUUAAUAUAUGUAUAAAUUAAAUUUACGCAAAAUUAUACAUAUACUUUUGUAAAUUGACAUAAAUUUUUUUUUUUUUAAAUGAUAUUCGUUAGUGAGACAAAUACAUAAAUAAUAACAAUAUUUUUAGCUUAAAACUUUUGCCAUUUCAAUGUCAAGGAUCUGUUAAGAACGAAUUCUCUCAGCAGCCGGACAUUAAUUACUGUGAACGCAUAUUUCCAUAAAUAUAACUUAAAAAAUAACACUUAUAUUAUGUUCAUAAAUAUAACACUCGAAGUUAACUGAAUAAAAAAUGUAUGUUCCAUUAAAAAUGAAGUAUUAAUAAAUUUAAUAACUCGUGUAAAUGUUACCAUUCAUCUAUGACAAAAACAAAAUCAAAUUGUAUCUGUAUUACAAGACUUGGUUUACAUUAAAUCGGACUGACAUAUUAUAUUAAAAUUAUCGGCCACGACAUUUUUACCGGAAAUAGAAGCUGGACAGCUUUUAUUUAUAUGUCGAAUCGGAUAUUAUAAACACGUUUUUAUAUUGUGCCAUCGAUAAAAAUUUAGACACGACAAGCGCCGAUUACAAAACUUUCGUUGCGACAUAAUGUAAACCAACUCUAAUGUUUCUAGUCUACUGCUUUCUAUUUUAAUAUAUAUUUAAUAAUGAAGACUUUCAACAGUUUUUGUAAAUUUAAAAUAGUUCACGUGUCAUUGAUAUUAAAAAAUCAUUAUUUUAAACCUAACUAUUGAGUCGAAUUUUUAAUUAUUAAUAUUUAUCAUAACUAUAUAUCCUCAAGUAAAAUUAUAAUGACAUUUAAGUACAUAUUACUUACAUAGUACAUAGUUGUCAUAAGUUAUAUAUAUAUAUAAAUUGUAAUAAAAUGGGUACAUUUCAAAAAAAUUGUACAAAUUAACGCCGUAUUUAUGUUGUUAUUUUUUUCUUUUACGACAGAAAUACGCUGUAACGUAAUGUAAAAAUGUAUGCGCAAGUCGAUACUUGCUCCUAUGCAAAUGUUGCUUCUAUAACAUUAUUGACCUUUGACCAUAAGGAUCUCUCAUUCCCUCCUUCGGUCAUCUGGCUUAAAAAAAAGUGAAGUAACUCGUCCGUCAUGAGUACUUUACGCAUUAUCAUCAAAAUUUCAAUGUAAGCAAAGAAAAUUAGACCGAGUUUUUGUAUGGUCUCUUAUGCUCCUCUGGCUGGCUAUACUCGUUCUCUUGAUGCAUUAAGUCUUCUAAAGUAUCGAUGAUCACCGUCAUUUGUGAAAUUUUCUGGAUUAAAUAAUAUAACCGUACUAUAUCAUAUAUUAAUUACUAGUAAUUUUGCUACCGUUAUAGCUCAGUUCGUCGUUGAAAUCCGGCAUUACCUUAAAAUUAUCAAUCAACUUUAAUGACAAGGAUAAUUUAUUGAAAAAUAUACAAGAAAGCUAAUAAAGUUUAAUAAUGUAAAUUUGGGAACGAUUUUCUACUAAUUAAAGUUGUAUGAAUCUUUUGAAAUGUAGUUAAUUUAAAAUACAUUCAGAAGCAUUUGUUAUUUCGCAAAACACAAAAUCAAUAAAUUGUUUUACUUAUUAAAAAUAAAUAAGUUGUAAAGCUAGUUUUGUGAAUAUUAAUAGAUAAUCAAUCACUCAAUUCGUACUGCUAUUUUCAACCUCCACGUAUAUAUUCUUGUGUGGAAUGUAAAAUGGCAGUAAGAUUGUGUACAACCUAAAACAGCACUAUAAUAGAUUUUACACAGGACAAUUUCUAUGGUAAACUUACUAAACCGAUCAUUAAUAAGCUUAAAAAAAAUGUAAAAUAUAUAUUUAGGUUUUAAUUCCGAUGAUAGCUCAUUGUAAUGGUUGUGAUAGAGCGGAAGUUAGGAUUCGUUUUAAGAAAAGUGCCUAUUUUUUUUUUAUUCUCUGUGCUGACGACAACCACCAUGGCGAAUCUGGUAUCCGGUAUUAAUAUUUAUAUUAAUUAUAAUUACGUAUAUUUUAUUAUAGUCUGUACAUUCUUUCACUGUAUGAAUACGUAAAUUAGAUAGAAAUCUAAAAUUAAAUUGUAUAUAUUUUUUAGAUGGUUAAUUUGAAUAAACAAUUUUUAUAUUCGAAAUAAAUUGUGAAUGUCUAGUGUUAUUAAAAAGUGAAUUCGAGUUAUACCAAUUUUGUCUAAAUAUAAGGAUACUAUUCCACUUUAAUUACAAGGACUUUGCUGGAAUAUCACAAAGGUAUGUUGCAUUUAAUUCAGUAGUACUCUCGUGUGAGACUACAUUAAACUUGCCAUCAAAAUAUACUCUAGCUAGAUAUGAAAAACAUGUAAUUAAUAAACAAGGAAAAGUAUAAAAGUCUAUUAUUUAUUCACACCAAAAUCCAUGUAAUCACAACCAAAAUCUUAAUCAUACUAAAAUAUACACUUAUGUUUAUCAAUAAAACUUAUACCACAAAAUGUAUUUAAAACCUAAAUAACAUUUUUAUUUUUAAUCAUAUUUUCUAAAUCUGUCAUUUAAAUAUACAAAAAGUA